AUGCGCCCGGGCCUGCUCAUCUUACUUCUGGUUUCGUCGGGUGCCGAUCUCAUUGGCUCCGGAGCUGCCGAUGCCGAAGACGUGCCUCUCAGAGAGACGACACAGAUUGGCAGGGGCGGCAGCGUCGCGGUGCUUGACCGCACACCUCGGUUCUUGCAGACGAACAGCUCUACUACAGACGACACGAGCAAUUCGACCAGCACUGCGAACGAUUCCACGCUGGAGAUAACAUCGCCCGGGGGGAGUCAGAACAACUCCUCGGACCUGCAGUGGUGGGGCUGGGCGAUCAUCAUCUUGGCCGUCGUCCUGUGCAUCUGCAGCUUCGGCAAAGUUGUUGGGAGGGAUCCCUUCCUUCCCUUCCUCUUCCUCGCAGUGCUCUUCCGGCGGAAAUCGAACUUUGAUCCGCAGACCGUGGCCGACCGCCAGGCACAGCGAUGUGUCGUUGAGAACUUGCGCGCCCUCUACGGCGCCUCCCUGAGGGUGGUGGGGGAGGAGGGCGAUCUCGGCCUUGAGGAGUCCGGAGAUGGCGAUGCCGUGGAGAUUCGGGAGCCCUCGGCCUCCUUGAUCGGGAUCAGUCAGCUCGGUCAGCCCGUCGCCGGCGUUAUUUCCGAGCCCUACAACGUCGACCCCAAGGGCUCCUAUGGGCGCAUCCUCUGGGGGUGCUGCGUCGACCCUGGUGUUGCGGUGCACCUUUUUGGUGAUGCAUCCUGGGAGCGCCCGCCGCGGCCUCCUGGUCGCUGCCUGACGUUAGUGUCGCGAUCCCGAACGGCCGGUGAGGUCGCCGAGGCUCUGGAGCGGCUCAGAGAGCCGGGAACGGCGGGGCCCUGGCCGCCCGGGGACGCCGGGCCGCUGGUGACGGGGACCCUGGAAACCGGCGGAGCUGGCCACAAGGUAGCCCGUGUGGUGGAUGGGGCUGCAGACUUGUGGCUUUUUCCAAGACCGGGAACGUCCCGAUGGGAUACCUGUGCGGCGGAAGCGAUGCUGGAGGCCUGUGGCGGAGUGCUGAGGGACCGCAGCGGCGGCCGGAUCUGUUACGAUCCCGACACCAGCAUGGGGAACUCGGAGGGGGUUCUCGCGGGGGCCGACGAGGGCAUCGUGGCCGCAGCCGUGCGCGUCUGUGCGACGCUGGACGUAGCCAAAGACGGAGCUGGCCGGCCGCUUCUGAGGCCUUGGCUGGAACAGGCGCUGAAGCUCCCAGAAAAGUCUCUGCGGGCUUUCUGCGUGGAGGAAGACUGCGUAAGGGGAACCCACGCCUCGGUCCUGCGGUUGAAGCUCUGCUUCUCAUCCGAUGGCGUUCCAGUGCCCGAGGCUCUGAUCCUGAAGCGCGCUGCGCCCAGGGACGCACUGCACGUGGCACUGUACACCCGGGAGUGCCUCUUCUUUGAGACCUGCGGCCCGAUGCUCCGGGAUCAGGGUGUGCAGAUCCCAGAGAUUUUCUACGAGGAGACGACGGAAGGCGGCUGUGUCCUGCUUAUGGAAGACCUCAUUGCCAAGUCUUUCCACAGGGAGCCGGUGCUCGAAACGGAGGAGCUGGCUUCUGUUUUGGUAGGUCUGGCAAGGCUGCACGGAUGCAGCUACGAGAGCGAGCCCCUGCUGAGCGCCGUUGCCGCCCUCCCCGAGGUACCAGACACGCAGCCCAGCGCCAAGCAGGCGGGUGAGCUUUGGAACAAGUUCCUGAGCUCCGUCCCCGGGGUGCGGGAGUCGGAUUCCCUGGCGGUGGUGCAAGACUUCGGCACGCGCCUCGCUGCCCUGAGCGAGAAGGCCCAAGGGAGUUCCAGGAAGUGCAUCGUCCACGGUGACUUCCGCUCCGAGAACAUUUUCCUCGACAGCAAAGGGGAGGCCUUGUUCAUCGACUUUAAGCAUGCCUCGAUCGGCUGCCCAACAUCGGAUGUUGCGUGCCUACUCUUCAGCUCGGCCUUCCUCGAGGACCUCUCGCAAGGAAAGCUCCUCGAACUCCUCGGUUCCUACUGGGAGACCUUCUCUAAGACCUCGAAGACGUCGAGUUUCACGGAGGAACAGUUCCGCCGCGAGUUCAAGCUAAGCUGCUUGGACUUCGCGCGGAGGGUUCCGCCGCGAAGUGUACAGAUGGAUGAAGUCCCGCGACAGCUUCUCGUGGCUCAGUUCCUCGAGUCCCUUUUAAAAGAGCUGCAUGAUUCGGGCGAUGUGAGCGGAAGUAGAAAGUCCAUGCCAGGUUUUCAUGCUGUGGUGGACUGA